UGGGAGGGCUCGUUGCCGCCCCGGCUGCCGGAUACGAUCUCGGGGCUGCGGGGAUAGUUUGUAUCAGCGGUGGAUCCGGGGUAGCAGCAUGGCAUCAGGGUUGGUAAUGAACCAGGAGCUUUCCAACAUACUAAAUGAGCUUUGGAAAGCAGACGAAAACCGACUGGUGCCUGGAAUAGACUAUCAGAUUUCUGUGCAGGGUAAAGCAGGGUAUGUCCCUGCUGGAAGUAACAAUGCAAGGGACAAUGCCCGCAGGCCACUGUUCUCCUAUGUAAAUGAGGAACGUUUACAUUCAAUUAAAACCUUUGCUGCCUUCAUUUCCCUCUUGGACAACUAUGAAAUGUCCACUGGAAUUGCUGAGGUGGUAACACCAGAAGAAAGGGCUGAAAACAAUCGUUUUCUGGAUGCAGUUCUUGGAACAAAAGUCAUGCAGUUAACGCAUCAAUACCUUGCCCGUAAAAAUCUCACAUCAGCUGAUCCACAGCAGUUCAAGCAACAUCUUUACGACAUCUGGUUUCAGCUGUAUUCCAGAGGAGGGAGAUAUGGGCGAGAUUCUUCAGGGUUUGAACAUGUGUUUGUCGGAGAGACCAAACGAGGGAGAGAGAUCAUGGGCCUGCACAACUGGGUCCAAUUCUACCUGCAGGAGAAGCGCAACCAUAUUGAUUACAAAGGCUUUGUGGCCAGGAAGGACAAGAAUAAGCCUGAUGAAGAUGAUCAUGUCUUGAACCUGCAGUUCAGCUGGAAGGAGAUGGUGAAACCAGUGGGCAGCUCAUUUAUUGGAGUGAGCCCUGAGUUUGAGGUUGCUGUCUACACCAUCUGCUUCCUCCUGUCGCAGGCCAAGGUCUCGCGGGAGCUGGUAAUGGUGGACGAAUACCAUUUGCAAAUUGUUGUGUAUCGCCACGGGAAGUACAUUGGAAGUUCCUACCCAGUGCUGCUUAGUAACAACAACAUACCCCUGGACUGAACCUCUGAUAGUCUCAGGGAACUUCAGCGUUGUUCUACAGUCUGCACAAAUUUCUGCAGAAUAUACAUCCGUCCAACAAGCAAACUGUAGUCGAUGCUCAGAUUGUUUUUUUUUUCCCUGGCUGCAUAUCCUCAAAGUCCUUGUGUUUUGUAUAAUACAUCGCUGCACAUUUUGCAGAGACUGCUCUUUUAGAAUCCUCAAUUAUUGCAUUCCCCAGUGAACACAAUGGAUUUGAUGCUGUGCAAAAGGUGACAGUCUCUGAGUUAAAAUUCGGGUUACUUUUUUUAAAAAAAUUGUUUACCAUUCAGCAUAGAAUCCAUUUCAGAAGCUGUCCUCAUAAAUCAACACAUUUCACACAAGAUCUCUAUGCAGUAGCACUAGUUUUUAAAAUUUAAUAUGAUGUUGCAGGAUUUUAGUUUCAGUUUUUGUUCUGAUGAUGCUGCAGUCCUCAAGCUUCCAAACUCUAUAAAACAGUAAAAUCAUUGUAGACUCUGUGGCGUGCCAAUAAAGCAGUGUCACCUGCCUUCCUUCUUGUUAAUUAAAUCCUGUGACAAACCACCACAUUUAAUAUCUCUUAGAAAACCUACCAAUCUCUCCAUAACCAGUGGGCUCAGAAAUGUUUGUCUUAUUUGAAGUGAAAUUGGUGCUUUUUAAUCUUCACUACACCAUGUGACCUAAUAGCUGCACAUUUUUAGAUCAAUCUGAUGUGAAACUCCUGCAUGAUUUUAAACUGGGAGGAACACUCUGUUCACUGUCCAUUCCAUCAUUGAAGCUAAACACCCACGGCCAGCAGUUUGUAUUUCUAAUUGUGGAAGAGCAUUUGUUUUCAUAGCUUGACAUUCUUUAUCUGCUUUAUUCAAUUUAGUCAUUGAUUUAAGGGUUAACCCUAUAUUAUAAUCUGUGUAUUUCUCUGCUUCAUAGCCCAUAUUAAUGGAAUUAUCUGAGCUUGUUAGAUUGAACAUUUUAUUAAACAAAAGUUAUUUGAAUUGUAAAA